GUUUGUAAUGGGACCUAUUAUUGGGUAACACCGUAGCAAUGGCUGCCUAUCGUCAGUAUUUCUUGACUUAUCUCUGCUGUGGCGUUUUAGCUGCGGUUUAGAUCAGAUGGGAUGUCAGAUAAACGUCAGCGUGCACGAAUCCAGGGUUCCUGGGCCAAACCACUGCCAAAGUCCUCCACUCAAACGGUGGGCGUCCUGAACAAUCAGCCCAAACAUGCUAACACCACCACCUCUGGUCAGUGGGGAUUUGGCAACGACAAAACAUCUAAAACAUUUGAGUUUUACCAGCCUGCCAAGCCAGUAAAAGAAGUACUUCCAGAGAGGGUGAUAGAACAUUUGGGUGAUUAUGAAAUAAGUCCUGGGCCAUCUGGGGUAUCUCGACUGCGGCUGCGGCCUGGGUUUCUCACACCAGAGGAGGCUGACUGGAUGUUCAGUAAGCUGCUAGCAGAGCUUCCCUGGUCCCAGAAGACCAACUACAGACUGGGUGAGGCAUAUGAAGAGCCCAGGCUCAGCUGCUGGUAUGGAGAGUUACCGUAUACGUACGCUCGCUCCACCAUGGCUGCCAACACUCAGUGGCACCCAUUGCUGGUAGCCCUCAGAGAGACGGUGGAGCAGGCGAGCAGAUGCACCUUCAACUCGCUGCUGUGCAACUUGUAUCGUGAUGGACACGACAGCAUCGGCUGGCACAGCGACGACGAGGCCUCUUUGGGUCCCAAACCUACAGUUGCGUCUCUCAGUCUGGGCGACACCAGAGUGUUCAGCCUUCGCAAGAAGCCUCCAGCGGAGGACAAUGGUGACUACACCUAUGUGGAGCGAAUUCGGAUUCCUCUGAGCCAUGGCACUCUUCUGCUGAUGGAGGGAGCAACACAGGAUGACUGGCAGCAUCAAGUGGCAAAGGAGUACCAUGACAGGGGCCCACGCAUCAACCUGACCUUCAGGACUAUUCACCCAGAGCCAGAGGGCCACAGAGCUGGCACAGAGAUGAGAUUUGCAGCAAAGCAACUGUAGAUCCCUCUUAGAGUCGGGUACAAAAGGAAAUUUUCACCCGUGGGAUGAACAGAAGGGUGUUUUGGAAGAAGCACUCGGGUUGUAAGGCAUUACUUAGUCCUGCUUAGUUUGUAUAAGUGGAGAAAAGUACCUGAGAUGUUUUUUAAUACCUGAAGUGUCUGAGGCUGCGUUGAGUGGUGCUUUUUCCAAAGCCGUUUACAGAAACCGUUCUACAAUAUUUGUUAAUGUUCACUUCACCUACCUGAAAUACAGAAAAACACCUUCACCCACUGCGUUUGUAGCCUCCUACAGUGGUACAUAUGUUGAAUAAACGUUUUCUGAUUGUCGCCGUAAUGAACAGAUUUGAUCGGUUUGAUUUAAAAUCUGCCCAAACCUUAAUUUGAACAACUGUUUUUGGAUGAAAUUCAAACGUGUGUGUACUGGUACAUAGCAGAUAUUAUAUGACAGGUCCUGGAUGAUCUAGUCUGUAAAGACUGUUCAGAAUGUCCACAUAGAGUUGAUGAACGUAUGCCUUGUUAAUUGUAGGGAAGGCUUCUGUUUAAAGCAAGUAGCCACUUGGGUCAGUGAACAACAGGAAAGUAAGAUUUAUUUAUGGAAUGCUCUUCUUCUAUCUUAAGUCAAAUGCUAAGCAGAGGAAACACUACUGUACAGAUCAGCAGCUUACUUAGGAAAGCUGCCUGAGCGCUCAGUAUAAUUUAAAGAACGUUUUUUUGUUAAAUAAUAUCCAAAGUCCUUUUUUUUUUCGUUUGUUUUUGUCAUAUUUUCUUGACAAAUGUGCAAAUCCUAAAGUAAUAAAAAGACAAAAUCUUUUUGAUUGCAAAAUUCAAGUUUGCAUUUGUAGUUUUCUGCAGUAGAAAAAUGAAAAGGACAUUUAUGUGAGAAACUGUAAAACCCUUUCAACAGCUUAGCUUGUAUGUUUUUAUUGACCACCUUUCUGAAACAUGUUUCUUGUGAUAACAGAGACCUAACCCAUUUGCUGAAGUAUGGCCUGUUUUUCUUAAUAAACAUUCUUCUAAUGUAAAUUGAGGAUUAUUUGUUACUUCUGUGUUAAUAAAAUGUUUCUUGCAUUUUC